GCAGGCAACACAGAGGCAACAGGUCUCUGCUCUGACUGUCUGGAGCAUUAGGUCUCAGUCUGUUCUCCUCAAGUACGACUUAGCGACCAGUCUUAUAUGGACUUACAUUAUGCAUUACAGAUGAAGGAUCUUGACAAGGAGGAUUUCAUUUGUUUUCCCUGCUAACCAACAUGGACAAUAUUACGCCAGACCAAUGGCAGGCGAUUGUGAACAAAAAGCUUAAUUUCCCCCCGGAGCUGAUAGCAGCCAUUCAGGAAGACAACGCAAUUCUGGUGGGCAGCCUGCUGUCCACAGGGGAUGGCAUCAUCCGCCAGCUGGAUGAGUCUGAGGACCGUCUGUGGAGAGAAGCCCUGAACCUGUCCAUCCGCAUGGGCAAUGAGGACACUUUCUCCGCUCUGAUGCUGGGCGUCAAGUUUGACUUUAGGCAGAUCUACGAGGCGCUGCUGGUGGCGGUGGACACCAACCAGCCCCGGGUGGUCAAGAGGCUCCUGGACCGCCUGGACCAGGAAAAGGGCAACAAGAUGGAUGUGCGCUCAUUCUCCAUGGCCAUAUUUGACCACUCCAUCGAUGACUCCCAGUUUGCCCCCGGAGUGACCCCGCUGACCCUGGCCUGUCAGAAGGACCUGUAUGACAUUGUCACCAUGUUGACUAAGAAGGGUCAUGCCAUCCCUCUGCCUCACUCUAUCUCCUGUACCUGUCUGGAGUGCAGGAACGGCCGUCAGUAUGACCUGCUGAAGUUCUCUCUGUCUCGUAUCAACACCUACCGGGGCAUGGCCAGCCGGGCAUACCUCUCCAUCACCACAGAGGAUGCCAUGCUCAGUGCCUUCAGACUCAGUCGGGAGCUACGCAUGCUCUCCAAGAAAGAACCUGAAUUUAAGCCCCAGUACCUGAGCCUGGAAGAACUGUGUCAGGAGUUCGCAGUGGAGAUGCUGGCCAUGUGUCGCAACCAGAGUGAGGUCACAACGGUCCUGAACAUCUGUGAUGACGAUAAUGAAGAUGAACUGGACGAGCAGACCUUUGAGGAGGGGAUUCCAACCCUGUCACGCCUACGCCUUGCAGUCAAUUACAAUCAAAAACUGUUUGUGAGUCAUCCCAUCUGCCAGCAAGUGCUGUCGUCCAUUUGGUGUGGAAACAUCCCAGGGUGGCGGGGCAGCAAGACGGUCUGGAAGCUCACGGUGUCUCUUGGGAUCUUCUUCACCAUGCCUCUCCUCUGUAUGAUCUACUGGGUCGCUCCCAAGUCCAAGAUUGGAAAGACUUUGAAGAUACCUGUGAUCAAAUUCCUGCUGCACUCUGCCUCCUACCUGUGGUUCAUCAUCGCCCUUCUAGCUGAGUCUAUUUUCAUGGAGCUGUACCGCGAUGAGUUCGCAUCCCGGCAGCAAAACAUCCUCUACAACUCCCUUCAUAUGAUCUGGGUGGUCGGUUUCUUCUGGAGUGAGUGUAAGAAUGUGUGGGCGGAGGGUCUGAGGGGUUACAUCGUGGACUGGUCCAACAUUCUGGACAUGAUAGUACUCAGCAUGUACUUGGCCUCCUUCGUUCUGAGAGUCCUCAUCAUGGCAAUUGGUCAUUUUGUUUGCCAAGACCAAGACUUGGUUGAGAAGUGUGCCUACUUCACCCAAACAGUGCGGGAUGAAUGGUGGCAGGAGGACCCUCAGCUGAUCUCAGAGAUUCUGUUCGCUGUGACCAGCAUGCUCAGCUUCACCCGACUGGCCUACAUCCUGCCUGCCCAUGAGUCUCUGGGUACUCUACAGAUCUCCAUUGGUAUAAUGAUAGAUGACAUGAUGAGGUUCAUGUUUGUCUUGAUGAUCAUUGGAACAGCUUUUCUCUGUGGACUGAAUAAUAUCUACGUGCCCUACGCAACUUCUCCACAUCUUGGACGGUAUGACAGUUGUAAUCUUCCAAACCUACAGAGCUCUAUGCAUUCAUUCCUAUUGCACUUUUCCUUUGGUUUCAGAUUCAAUGAAACCUUCAGCUUUCUCUUCUGGACCAUGUUUGGUGCAUCUAAUCAAGGCUAUGUGGACAUGCCAGAUUUUGUCCUGGCUCAGUUUGUAGGCAGGGUCCUGUAUGGGGUCUUCACUCUCGUCAUUGUCAUUAUCCUGCUCAAUAUGCUUAUCGCCAUGAUCACUAAUUCAUUCCAGAAGAUAGAGGAUGAUGCUGAUGUUGAAUGGAAGUUUGCUCGUUCAAAGCUCUACUUGAGUUACUUCAGAGAGGGCUCCACUAUACCUGUACCCUUCAACCUCGUCCCCUCUCCAAAGGCCUUGUUCUACUUACUGAGGAGCUUUUUCUGUUGCUGCAACCGAAAGAAGAUUCCAGACUAUCCUCCUAUUGCCUCUAUGUCCAACAGUACAAUGAACAACAGUGGAGAGGCAGGGAUGGACCGAGUGUCAUAUCGCCUGCAGGUGGUCAAGGCUCUGGUACAGCGCUACAUAGAAGCAGCCCGCAGGGAGUUUGGAGAGGCGGCACGUAAAGAUGUGGGGAACAGGAUCACAGAGCUGAACAAGGGGGUGGGGAGACUUCACUCUGAUAUGAAGAAGUUCUAUCAGAACCUGCCGAACAGCAAGUCCUUUGACUCAAAGGGCGAUGGAGGCAACUUCCUGGGCAAGUACAUAAAAGGAGCAAAGAACAACUUUAAGAACUUUGAUAAAAAUGAGGCAAUGGGGAAUAGCCCAGACCUGUUACGAGUCAAUCUGCACCUCGUAGGGGUGGUGGAGGAGGGGAAGAAAGAGGAGUAGAAAACAGAAAUGAUCCCAGGAGGUGUUUACAGAGAAAAACACCCCCACAAACAACAGUGAGAGCUCCCCAGACAUCAGCCCUGAGUCCCAUAGUGGGCAGGAGUUCCUGGAGAGAGAAACAGAGAGUACCUGCACACAGGGACAGCAUCAUGUAGUGAUGUAAUCCCUGCCUGAUAGCUUUCUGUAAAUAUUCACAACAGCUAUGCUUGCUUAUUAUGUAAGUUGCCUAACAUUAUGUGAGAAAUCUACUACUCCUACAUAUUUUGUCUGAUUAUGUGUGUCAUAACAAUGUAGCAAUGUUUAUGAAAAAGCAUGUUUAUGAGUAGAAAAAAAUAACCAAAUAAUUGCAUGGAUAACCUGAUGAUCAGUUUAAAAUGUAGUAAUUAUGUUUACUGUACCAUAACAUGUCUAUAUAGAGAACUCUUGUAUGAAAAAACGUGGUAACACUUUAUUUGACACCCAGUGUCAUAACACGCUAUGUCAUAAAAUGUCAUAACAGCUGACAAAACUUGUCAUAACCUGUCAUGACCUGUCACAACACUGUCAUGACCCAUAUAUUUACACCUGUUGUAAGAUAUAUAGCAUUACGUCGUCUUCUUUACGUCGUCUUCAUUACGUCGUCUUCUUUACGUCGUCUUCAUUACGUCAUCUUUUUUCAUUAUUUUUAAAAUAAUUUGUAGAACAUAUCACACUGUUAUGAAGCAUUAUGACCAUACUGUGUCUCUUUACUUGGACUAGGAAAAUACACUUUAUGACACUGUUAUGAAGCAUUAUGACAUCAUAACCAUAUAAGCAAGAUGGGCCCUUAUAUCAGUCAUCAUUCAAAAAGAGGUGGUUUUGUCCUGCUCCUGAAAUCUAACAUGCCUGACAUCAAUGUGUGAACAAUUGCAAUGAUAAUAUAUGGUGAAGUUCAGAAAAUGUUAUAAAACAUAAAUACACUGUUGACAAGUAGACUGUGGUGUAGUGGGUUUUGACACUCUUGUGUAGGUGUCAUAACCAGCCAUAGAAUAACGCAAUUUAUGUCACAACAGGUCUAAAUAUAUGAGCACUGACAGUGUUAUGACCAUAUUAUAACAGGUUUUGUCAGCUGUUAUGACAUGUUAUGACACUGGGUGUCAAGAAAAGUGUAACCGAAAACAUGUGGUACAGAGUAAUGUAGACAAAGUAAUGCAGAGAGUAAUGCAGACAGAAUAAUAUAGACAGAGUAAUGCAGAAAGAAUAAUAUAGACCGAGUAAUAUAGACAGAGUAAUGCAGAAAGGAAUGCAGACAAAGUAAUGCAGACAGAAUAAUAUAGAUAGAGUAAUGCAGACAGCGUAACGUACUGCCUGCUUUUGAGUGUAUGGGGAGAUCGGACUGUGACGUUACCACACAGUAAAACAGACUACAAUGUUACCCAUCCAGCUCAUGACUCAGUCAUUUCAUGUUGUUUCAAUUAGAAGGGUAACUGUGUGCUUUCCAGGCUCCAGUGUGUCUGUGUACAGGUGUCAGCUUGCUGUUCACCUGCUGUUUGUUCCAGGCCUGGUGAACCCCUGGGGCGUGACCAGUCAUUCAUUACCAGGAGCCCUGGAGCCCAGAGGCCAAGAGCACGGUCCUCUAUGGGCCUGGGAAAUGACUAUGUUCAGGGACACCACGGUAUUAGUCACUCCCCACCCCCUGAAUGAUCUGUUCUAUACUGGAGCCCAGAGGCUAAGAGCACGGUCCUCUAUGGGCCUGGGAAAUGACUAUGUUCAGGGACACCACGGUAUUAGUCACUCCCCACCCCCUGAAUGAUCUGUUCUACACUGGAGCCCAGAGGCUAAGAGCACGGUCCUCUAUGGGCCUGGGAAAUGACUAUGUUCAGGGACACCACGGUAUUAGUCACUCCCCACCCCCUGAAUGAUCUGUUCUACACUGGAGCCCAGAGGCUAAGAGCACGGUCCUCUAUGGGCCUGGGAAAUGACUAUGUUCAGGGACACCACGGUAUUAGUCACUCCCCACCCCCUGAAUGAUCUGUUCUACACUGGAGCCCAGAGGCCAAGAGCACGGUCCUCUAUGGGCCUGGGAAAUGACUAUGUUCAGGAACACCACGGUAUUAGUCACUCCCCACCCCCUGAAUGAUUUGUUCUACACUGGAGCCCCAGUCAAUAAAAAAACUAUGAUUUGUCAAA